AUGAAUCCAAUGGUAGAAAUACGAGGAACACGUACUCCUCUAGACAAAGCCUAUCCGUAAGCCGCUUUCUUCUUUCAGUACCUAAAACCGUCUUUGAUAUUUCAGUUGAUCAAAACAGUGGGCAUUUCUUUGAUCUUGGCUUCAUUUUUCUCAGGGACUUUGGUGGGAUUUUGGUAAUGUUCGUAAAACAUGGCAUGAAUCAGCUAAGCAGCUCCAGAAAUUUCACGUUAUCUUCCUCGGCGGUUUUGAGAAGGCAGCACUUCUUGAUAAGGUCUCUUGCUGGUGGAGGUCAUAGCAACUACUGCACCCUGAACAGAAUGCAAGAAACUAAUCCUUUGGAGGCUGAUGCUGAGAACAUCUUGAGGGCAAUUACUCCAUCUCUUGACCCAACUAGACAUAAGGGCCAGGCAGGGAAAAUUGCUGUUAUUGGUGGAUGUCGUGAGUACACUGGUGCCCCUUAUUUUGCUGCUAUUUCUGCUUUGAAAAUUGGUGCUGAUUUGUCCCAUGUAUUCUGUACCAAAGAUGCUGCUCCGGUUAUCAAAAGCUACAGUCCUGAGUUGAUUGUGCACCCUAUUUUGGAAGAGUCUUAUAGUAUUGGGGAGGGGGACCGAAAAUACAUAUCAGGAAAGGUUGUUGCCGAGGUUGAUAAAUGGUUGGAGAGAUUUGAUUGUCUUGUUGUUGGUCCUGGCCUUGGAAGGGACCCAUUUCUUCUGGACUGUGUGAGUGAAAUUAUAAAGCAGGCAAGACGGUUAAAUGUUCCAAUUGUUGUAGAUGGGGAUGGACUCUUUCUUGUUACAAACAGUAUUGAGCUUGUUAGUGGUAAUUCCUUAGCUGUCUUAACCCCAAAUGUGAAUGAGUACAAGCGCUUGGUUCAGAAAGUCUUAAAUUGUGAAGUAAAUGAUCAAGAUGCUCAUGGGCAACUGCUUUCUCUUUCUAAAAGGAUUGGGGAUGUAACCAUCUUGCGAAAAGGAAAAGCUGACCUUAUUGCUGAUGGUGAGAUAGUCAAAUCAGUGAGCGUCUAUGGUUCACUUAGGCGUUGUGGGGGUCAAGGUGAUAUCCUUUCAGGAAGUGUUGCGGUAUUUUUAUCUUGGGCUCGUCAAUAUAUUAUGGCCGCUGAAGGCAAUGUGGCCAUCAGACCAACAAAUCCAACAGUGUUAGGGUGCAUUGCUGGGGCUGCUUUAUUGAGGAAGGCUGCAUCACUUGCUUUUGAGAAUAGGAAGAGAUCAACUCUCACUGGUGACAUCAUCGAGUACUUGGGAAAAAGUUUGGAGGAUAUUUGUCCAGCCUGUUGAUAAUUUUGAGAUUGACAAGGACUCGACAUGAACUGACCAUUUACAGACCACAGUUCUGCCGGUGUUGAAUAUAUAUAUAUAUAUACUGCUUUUUCGUUGUAUACAAAUUAAACUGGCAUUGGGUUUUUUCAUGUUAUGUCCAUAUGCUAAAAUGGCAGAUGGUUCAAGCUGCACACUUGAAUAUUUUUGCCGCCCAGAAGGAACUUCUCCUUUCUGCAGGAGUGAAACUUGGUCUUCAGGCCUUCUAACA